AUGGCUUGUUCCAAAGGGUUAAGUACUGAGAGGUUGAAGGAAGAUAGAAUAAGCCAAUUACCAGAUGCUUUGUUAAGUCAAAUACUUAAUCAUCUUCCCACAAUCGAGGAAGCUGUGAAGACAAGUGUUUUAUCUACCAGAUGGAGGACUCUCUGGCUUUUGGUUCCUCGUUUGAAACUGGACUUUAAGAAAUUCCCAAGUUUCAAUGCCUUUUUGAGUUUUGGUAACUGGUUUUUCGAUUCCGACAGGGUUACAUGCAUAGAGAAACUCAGGUUAUAUAUUGAUGACAAUGAUGCAUCAUCCUAUCUCACAUCAUGGAUCGGUGCCUCGGUAAAGCGUAAGGUUCAGCGUCUUUUGGUUGAUCACGUUACUCGAGAUGCUUAUUCUCAUUCUCAUGAGAUGCCACUUAGUCUCUAUGUUUGUGAGUCACUGGUGUGUCUAAGACUCUAUAGGCUGACUUUGGUUGCUCCUGAGCUUGUUUCUUUACCUUGUCUAAAGAUCCUCCGUUUAAGUGAUAUUGUGUUUACCAACGAGACCACAUUUGAGAGACUUGUCUCGUCCUGCCCUGUGCUGGAAUACUUAAAGGUUGACGUUGUAUGGAAUGAUGAAAACGUCUGUCGGGUUCAUUCUCGGUCACUGAAGUGGCUCCGUUUAACACGACGACCUUCUCCUCUCCGGAAUCUCCGGAUUGAGUAUUGUGACCCGGGAGUUGAGAUUGAUGCUCCUCUGCUGUGCUCUUUGAGAAUCCAUGAUACCAUAUCAGAAAGCUAUACAUUUAGUGAUCUGGAGUCCAAUGACAAGUUUGAUUUAUCUAUCCUUUGUGGUACGGGCCAAGCAAAGACAAAAGUCGUCCAAAAGUGUCUCACUUUGAUUUCGAGGAUCAGAGAUUUGACAAUAUGUUCACAAACUUUUGCGGUGAUGAUCAAUCGAUACUCAAAAUAUAGUCCGCUACCACUACCUCAAUUUAGUAACAUGUCCAGUCUAUACAUUACACUCAACGCACCAGAUAUUGAAGCGUUUCUAAUCUUUCUUAGGAGCUGCCCGAAUCUGAAAUCCCUUAUCUUAGUGAAGGGACGUGUUGGUUGUUACGAUCGACUGUGUCCCAAGAGGGAGAUGAAACGACUUAGCAUUUCACCUGUGCCAGAGUGUUUGCUAUCGUCCCUCGAGUUUGUUGAAUUCAAAUCCCCAAUUUUUGGACUAUCUCCAGAGAUAAAGCUAGUAUGGUACUUGCUAGAGAAUUCUGCCACCCUCAAGAAACUCACUCUAUGUUUGAACUCUAGUUCAACAAAAGAUGACUUAGUCAAGAUCCCAAGGGUUUCUACUGAAUGUGAAGUCAUUUUUCUCUAA